AUGAACGACGUCGAUGUCUACAUGUCAAUGCUCAACUCAGCAGGUAGCGCCUCGUGCAAGACCACAGAGACCUACCGUACCCUCUGCUCAUUCUUCUUUAUGGAAUGCCAACUCUUUGCCAGCAAUGUAUCAAGUCAGCAGCUUGCGAUACCAGUCCGAACUUGUCGCGAGAACUGCCACAGAUCAAUUGGACAAUGUGGAGUAUCGGAUUAUUAUGACUGCGAUCAGACACAUAGUGAUAAUGGUAAACAGGUGCCAACAUACCCGCCUGUGGCCAACCCACAGACGUUCAAUAUGUCGGCGUUUGGAUACUCGGGCGAGGCCAACCCCUUGACCAUCCAAUGCUACAACUCCACCUCUGGCAACAUCACCAUCGUCGAGAACACAUUCUGUCAAGUUCCACUGGUGUACAGGAACUCUUCAAUCUACAAUCGCCAGCGCGACAAUGACUACCUUGGCUACACGUUCGUGUCAUACUCGAGCGAUUGCGCCAUACCAUGUCCGGCGCCAGUCUUUACAGGUCGCCAAUGGACGGCAUUCUACACGAUCAUCGACACGCUGUCCAUGGCAUCGGCCAUCGCAUCUCUGUUCAUGAUCGUCUCGUACGGCCUGCUGAAUCGCAAGCGCACCAAUUAUGAGCUGAUGCUAAUCUUCCAGAACAUCGCUAUCUUUUUACGCUCGUUGGCUGGAGUUAUCAUCACAUUCAACGGCGGAUCCAAGGCGACCAUGUGUCCUGACCCCGGUCGCAGUGCCACCUCUUACGACCCUAUCUGUGUAGCAAGUGGCAUCCUAUUCUAUGGUUUUUCAUUCAAUGCCAUCCUCUGGUGGACAUUCAUGGUCUUUGAUCUUUGGUGUAUCUUGCGAAAGAAGAAGCAAGCCAACCUCAAGUGGGUAUGGGUAGCAUUCACUUUGUUCACAUUUGCCACGACAACAGUAGUAACAAUCAAGGCUGGAUACAUUGCGGACAAGGGCAACGUCAUUUGUUGGGUAGCUGAUAAUGAUUAUGGAUAUGGACUAUUCUGGGCACCUAUGGGACUAUGUUUAUUACUUGGAACAAUAUGGUUGAUAUGGAUCAUUGUUGACCUACACAAGAUGGUCAAGAAGGCACAUGUAGACACUGAGAUCCUUAACAAGUUCAUCAAGUCACAACUUGGUCCACUGGCAUAUAUCAUCAUUCUUUACGCGACAUACCUUUAUAUCUUCAUUUAUAAUCAAUCCUAUCACUUGUCCUACCAAUCACUCAAGGCAGAGGGCGUUGUCCAGUUCUUCCAGUGCGUGGUGCGCGCGUCCAACCAACACACCGACCCCUCCGACUGUCUGGUGGACGGCCCCAAGAUCGUAUCCUACACGAUCUUUGUCUUGACUCUUCACAUCUUUGGCCUCUACACGCUGUUCUACGCAUUCAACGCCAAGUUCACCAAGAUCUGGAAGGACACCUUCAGUCGUAUCAAGAUGUUCUUCCUCACGCUGUGUGGCGGCAGUGGCGCUGGCAACAAGCUAUUCGUACCGAGCACAGGUACAAGCACCAGCACCAACACUAAUACGGCCUCAACAGGUACAUCGUCGGGCAGUGGUUCAUCAGAGCCAAUCUAUCCAUCGAUGAUAUCACGUACACAUCUAUUGGGACCUGGACAACAAGACAUCCAACAACAACAACGAUCAUUUGACAAUGUCAAUGUAUCGAUUAACAACUUUGAUAGUACUACUACUCCUCCUGUAUAUUAUGACAACAACAACAACAACAACAACAUCAACAACAACAUCAAUAAUGACUCAAUCAGUAUCACAGAGGAGAGUAGUGAUGAUGAUGAUAAUGGUGAGAUACCAAUGAGCACUUUCAACAACAACAACAACAACAAUGACAACAACAACAAUAUCGAUAACAACAUCACACCAAUAGUUAGCCAUAAUGAUGAUUCAAACAUUACAACAGAGCAACAACAACAACAACAACAACAACAUAACGACAUUGAUCCAACACUUGGAGCACCACCACCUCCUCCUACUUCUACUACUUCUCCCUCCACAACCUCAGAUGUACCAACUACUACUGCUACUACUACUCCAACAAACCUUAUGGACUAA